ACAACCGUCGAUCUAGUUGACUGCUGUGCACGUAAAUUAUAAUAUUAUAUCGUACAGAAAUAUCAUACAGGACCGCGACUUCAUCUAUACAGAGCAACGACUUUCAAAAAUCAAACGCUCCCGAACCGACAACACAACUCACACGACUCGCGGACACCGAAAUAACGUCACGUCGUUUUUAUAAAUUAUUUAUUGACUUAGUAUAGUCCGAUCGACGCGACUGCCGCUGAGCGGAAAUCGUCAUGACCGACAGUAAGUCCAAACGGACCGCGGCGCCGUUGGAGGACCCGCAGCUCAACACCAACUUUACGUACAACUUGGACUCGUGCGUGGUGCAGGCAUCGCGGGACGACAGGGACACGACGCCCAGCGGACAGGGAGUGGUGGAACGCGUGUGGAUCACUAGCCGACCGCCGAGACUGGGCCACGGCGUGGAGCCGACGGUCAGCGCGCGGCGGACGUACGUGAUGCUCACGCACGUGCAGGGCCAGAUGAUCGACACCGGCGAGAUGGUCUGCAAAAAGGUGUGCACGAUGGGCGGUAGCAAGGACGACGCGGUCAACACGGCCUCCGCUGCCAACCCCAACAAACAGGCUUCACAGUGUCCCCGCGGUCAGCCAUGCGACUGAUCGGACGGACGAUCGUAUACGAUAAUAGAUAAAAUUGUAGCGUUUGUGCGCUUAAAUUAGGAGUUGCAGGUACGAGUUGCAGUCGAGAUUUUAAUAAACGAAAAAUAAAACUAUAAA